AUGCCCGCGUACUUCCCGCGCUGCUUCGUCGUGGAGGAGCUCGUGCAGCAGCCACACGCCGCGCGCCUCGAGGAGAUGACGCGGUUCCUGGAGAGGCCCGGUCUUUGCGCCCAAAGCGAGCAAACGUUCGGGGUCAUGGCGGCGGCGCUUCUUGCAGUUGCCGGAAGAUCCUUUCAGCGGGAUUACGGGGCGACUUUUACGGACGUCUUUGACAAGAUGCAGGCAGACGGCGGGAAUUUGUCCGCGUGGAACCCGCAGCCCCCAGCGGGCCGCCAGCAGCAGCUGCGGGAGGCUGCGGCGGCCAUGCUGCAGCAAGCGCUGCUUGGGCUGCAGGCUGGGAUGCAGCCGGCGCAGCCGGUGGUCGAAAUCCUUCCGCGGAGAAAGCCCGCCACUUUGAGCGGGCUCACGGGUCAAGUGCGUGAUGUCAUGGGGCGCUGCCCAGCGCUGGCCGACGCUUCGGAGGCGGAGAUGGACUCGCGGCCAGUGGCGCGGCCACUCGCGGCCGCGCUAGCGGAGAAGCCGAGCCGGACACUAAGAAGCCUCGUUGCAAGAUAA